AUGGUGGUAAUGUUCUUAGUGAUCUUGAGAAGUAUCAAAGCCUUGUUGGGAAUAAAUUAUUUGGCUGUGACUCGACCUGACAUUGCCUUUCCUGUCACUGUAGUGGGUCAGUUUUUGUCUGUGCCUCAGACAUCUCAUUGGGAUGUUGUUAUAUGUAUCUUGAGGUACCUCAAGAAAGCUCCUAGACGUGGUCUACUUUACUUGGAUCAUGGCCAUGGACGGGUUGAAGGCUUUUCAGAUGCUGACUGGGCUGGAUCUCCUGUUGACAGAAGGUCAACUAUAGGCUAUUGCACAUUUGUUGGAGGGAAUCUUGUGUCGUGGAAAAGCAAGAAACGGACAGUUGUGGCUUGA